UUCCCGCCAUGGGCCCCUCGCCGCCGGUGCUGACGCUGCUGUUGCUCCUGUGUGGUCCGCGGUUCGAGUUAGGCAAUGGGCAGACUACUAACAUGGUCCAGCUACCAGGUGGGAGAUUCCAGAUGGGAACAAAUUCUCCAGAUGGCAGAGAUGGUGAAGGGCCUGUCCGGGAGGUGACAGUAAAACCCUUUGCCAUUGACAUAUUUCCUGUCACCAACAAAGAUUUCAGGGAGUUUGUCAGGGAAAAAAAGUACCGGACAGAGGCUGAGAUGUUUGGGUGGAGUUUUGUCUUUGAGGACUUUGUCUCGGAUGAGCUCAGAAACAAAGUGACCCAUCAGAUGGAGUCUGUCCUCUGGUGGCUUCCAGUGGAAAGGGCAUUCUGGAGGCAGCCUGCAGGUCCUGGCUCUGGCAUCCGAGAGAAACUGGAGCUCCCAGUGGUACACGUGAGCUGGAACGAUGCUCGUGCCUACUGUGCGUGGCGGGGGAAACGGCUGCCCACCGAGGAAGAGUGGGAGUUUGCUGCCCGAGGGGGCUUGAAGGGUCAGGUUUACCCAUGGGGAAACCAGUUCCAGCCAAACCGCACCAACCUGUGGCAGGGAAAGUUCCCCAAGGAUGACAAGGCUGAGGAUGGCUUCCAUGGAGUCUCCCCAGUGAAUGCUUUCCCCCCCCAGAAUAACUACGGGCUCUAUGACCUCAUGGGCAAUGUGUGGGAGUGGACAGCAUCUCCAUACCAGGCUGCUGAGCAGGACAUGCGUGUCCUUCGGGGGGCCUCCUGGAUCGACACAGCUGACGGCUCUGCCAAUCACCGGGCCCGGGUCACCACCAGGAUGGGCAACACUCCAGAUUCAGCCUCAGACAACCUGGGCUUCCGCUGUGCUUCCAGUGCAGGCCGACUGCCUGGGGAGUUGUGAACAGCCACGCAGAGCCGAGAAAAGCCCAGUGGUACCCAUGUCACUCCCUGGCCACAUUCCACACAGCCAAACUCCAGGCUC